AUGAAACGCAUACGGGAAGACGACGAUGAGGACGCUCAGGACAUUGAUCACUCCAUGUCCCGCAAAGUACGCUCGGUAGAAAUCAUAUCCAGUCAAGGAGGCAGAGAAUCCGACGAGGAAGACGACGAAGACGACGAGUUUGAUGAAGAUGAUUUCGAAGAUGAGCUAGACGAAGAAGAUAUCGAAGAUGGUAUAGCUUCCAGUGCUGCCAGACCCGUCAUGAGUGGUAGAAAGGGGCUCUUCUUAUCACGACAACCUGUAAAGGCUAGGGAAGACGACUUUAAAGUCACAAAAAAGACGACGGAUGCAACUACGGCUCCUACAGCACCACCUCCGAAUCGUCAGAGGGUUAUGAUGUUGUCUUCUAGAGGAAUCAUAUACAGGCACCGACACUUGAUGAUGGAUUUACAUUCUCUAAUGCCUCAUGCCAAGAAAGAGAGCAAACUCGACUCAAAGAGCAAACUAUACGUGCUCAACGAACUAUCUGAAUUGGCAAACUGCAACAACUGUGUCUACUUUGAAUCUCGUAAACAUCAAGACUUGUAUAUGUGGAUGGCAAAGACUCCUAACGGUCCUAGUGUCAAGUUCCUAGUCCAGAAUAUUCAAACUAUGGACGAGCUCAAAUUGACGGGUAAUUCUCUCAAGGGCUCUCGUCCAAUCCUGUCGUUUGAUAAGGCUAUGGAUUGCAAGCCCGAAUAUGUCCUGAUCAAGGAGCUCUUGACUCAGAUAUUUGGUACUCCAAGAACAUCUAGAAAGACCAAACCAUUCUUUGAUCACGUCAUGUCCUUUUCUUUACUCGAUGGCCGUAUAUGGUUUAGGAAUUUCCAGAUCAUUGAAAAAGUAGAUGACAAGGAAAAAGACCCAUCAGCCAAAAUGACACUAACUGAAAUCGGUCCUCGAUUCUGUCUUUCCCUAAUCAAAAUCUUUGAUGGUGGAUUCUCUGGAUCUGGUCUAUACGAAUCACCUACAUUCGAAUCACCAAACACGGCUCGACGUCUCGCCAAGCUAGAAAAACAGUCUGCAUACGUGAAUCGUGUUUCUGACAAUGUUAAAAAGGUGGUGAGGAUGGCUAAUUCAGCUAUAGAUGAAGAUCCUCUAGAUGAGGUGUUUUAUGAUCAUGAGGGGGCUAGUGAUGGUGAUAACUGA